AGUGAACGUUGUGACGGCGCGUCGCAACGGCAACGAGCGUCGGGAUGCUUUUCACACGGUGGGCGUACCGAAUACAAUAUUUUUGACAAUAUAAUUUUCUGUCUCUAUCGCUCUCAUAUAAUCGUGUUAUUUUCGUCGCCCUUCUGGGGCUGCUUAGUGCCAAAAUUUGGUUUUUGUUCCGAUUUUUUCAAAACAUAAACUGUUUGCGAAUUUUUCGAGACGUUUUAUGAACUUUUAUCGAUAGUAGGAGCUGUUGUUUAUGAGCCAGGAUGCCACAAGGUCCUAAGCCCAGUCCUUUGAUGAAGCCCUUCGUGGUUUUAGCACUUCCUGGAAUGUACUUGUUUUACAAGUACAAUCAAUAUAAAAGAAAACGGAAGGAAAAUGCCACUAGACGUCUUGCCGAGCGCGAGUUACUUCAUUUAAACAAUAAAAUCGAAAAGCUACUCAGCAAACUGGAUGAGACAGAACCGGAACUGGCGACGUGUCAAGAAGAAGAGUGCGUAAUAUGCAUAAACGCCAAAGCGACAAUGCAAACAUCUCCUUGUGGACAUCAAGUUGUCUGCAGAAAAUGCUUCGUGAAAACGAUCCAAAUAGCCGUUUCCCAGAGACUUCUUCCUUUGAGAUGCGUCAUAUGCAGAGCGAAAAUACUUAGGCUCAAGACUGGACCUAUUCUUCCAACAUCGGCGAGUGGUUAUUCGAUGACAUCUAGAGCAUCAUCAGUACCACAAUCAGAUAGUUUGUACAGCGUUAGUAGUGGAGGAUCAUCCAUAUCUUCUACGUCAAGUUCUUCCAAUGGUAGCAAAGGAGAAGUUCCAUGCUGCGGAGGCAGAUGUUUGGGAGCUUAUCCUCGUCAACCAGUUACGGGAGCGAUUAAACGUUCCCAACAACACGCGAUGAAAAUCAGAAUACAAGAUUACUGCAGGCCUGAAAAAACACACGUGAAUCGAUUACCGCCAAUUAGGGAGCUACCAGGACAAAGCCCUCUGCAUAAUGUACCACCAGCUUCUACCAGAAUUAGGUGCGCCCAGAAGAUUGUCACCCAGCUAGAGCUGCCUUUGAUGAAAAAGGGUUACAAAUACGAGAAACUACCCCAAGAAGAGGAAGAAGAAGAAAUUGUAGUUAAUACGAAACCGAUAGAAAAAGAUAGAAGAUGGUGGCGUGAUAGAACAAAAAGCGAGGAAAGGAUCGACAACAAAAAAAAUGAAAUAGUUGAAAAACAGAUGGAAAUGAAGGAAAAGAAGAUUAAAGGAGAUAAAACUAACGAUAAAAAUACGAACGAAGAUAAAUUCUAAAUGGGAUAUUAUGAUAUUUUCGAGAAGUUUUAAAAUAUUAGAGUUAAAAAAAAAUUAUAUCAAAUUCAUCCUGUUAUUGUCAAUUAGAUUUUUAACAGUCAAUAAUUAAUAAAUAACAAGUUUUAAAAACAAAUAUUUUUCAAUAUUUUGAAUCGUAUUCUAAUAAAGAAAGAAGAAGAAGUUGUCAAAAUAUUAGAAAAUAUUUACAAAAUAAAGAAGAAACGAAAAUAAUGGGAAUAGGAAAAACUAUGAAUUUAUCGGACUCGAUUCGGUUUAAAACAUUUUGGUUUCUAAUCUUCUGGUAUUAUUCCAUAACGAGCAGGAUCCUGAUGAUAAAAUUUGAUUCUUCAUUCUAUUAAAUUAGUUUUCACCUUACAAUUUCGGAAAAUAUAAUAAUAUAGGUACUGCAAAAGUUAUUAGAAUCAAACAAGCUCUAGACGACAAAAAAAUUACAAUGGAAACAACGUUCAUACUAGAAAUCACGUGUUAGAAAAAUGCCUUGAAAUAUAAAUGCUAUUCAUCGAUUUCAAACAAGCAUUCGACAGUAUCAAAAACUGUUAGUACCACAAGAGUUAAUAGUACUUGUAAAAAUGACUAUUGAAUCUUGGGGCAACGGUGUUGAUAAAAAGACUAUAUGUCCAAAAAAAAUUGUGGAGGAUGUACGGAAAAAAUGUUUAGAAAUGAACCGAAAUGAUGAGAAUAUUUGAAAGGAAAACAAAUAGAAAAACUCAUUGGACAAACGAAGCAAGAAAUAACGAAUAUCGAAAACUUGUGAUCUAUGAAAUUAACAAUAUUGUAAACACAAUUAAAACAGAAAAAAUCACGUGGUAGACCCACAUUAACAUCGUGGGAAAACGACAGGAAGAUCAAAAAUCAAAUGGAAAAUCAGAUACUACCGGGAAGAUCAAAAAGUUAAUGAAACAAUCAGAUUUGCAAACGAGUAACAGACCGAUGCAAGACAAAAAUAAAUGUAUAACAAUAAUCGAAGCUUUAAAAGUUAUAAAUAAGUUGUGGAGUAACAUAAUAUCUACUGGUGACUGGUUAAUACAGCGACGAAUAUUGAAUUACAUCUCUUCCGAAGAAGAUGAUGUCCAUCGACAUUAUUAUCAAUAUCAUCAACAUUAAUGGCUCGCAUUUACAUACAUUUCUAUUCAACAACAAGAUAAAUGUUUUAGAAUUAACGUCAAUUAUUCAAAAUGUCAUUUCGAUUAUACUAAAUCCAAGAAAUUAGAUCAGUUUCCGAAAGACGAAGAACUGGAAGACCCGGACCAACAAGAUGUAUUUGCGUAUUGAUUUGCUUUAUUAGAAGAAUAAUCCGUAACGCUAAAUUAUGAUUCAAGACAAUACCAUUAACACCUGUGCAUAGGUGACAAAAAUUAGUUUGGAAACAUAGGCGCUUAGCUCAUUUUGAUUGGUUAUAAAAAAGGGUUUAUAAAUCUUUAUAAAGCAAGCUUGGGAUUAGUUACAAAAAGUUCUUGACGAUCAAAAAUCGUACAAGAUAGAAGAUUUAUUUGAUCAAUUUGUUGAAAACGUGCCAAGAAGAAUUCCUUCAAUGGUAUCUACAAAUAGGGAUCGUGCAGAAUUAUUCUCAACAAACCAACGAAUUCCGGGUAUAUCAAAUGUGCCGCGCCUUCGCCGAAUUUUACUACAAUCGUACAGGACCGGCUCCAGAACUCAUAGGAUUAGGAGAUGAACAUAAAUUUGACAGAUUAGCUUCUUACGGAGAUUUUCUUUUCGAUUGUUUAUAUGACUACGUUCAUAUUGAGAGAAAAAGGUUAUAUUUUACUAAAAUAAAACUCUCUAAUUAAUGCUAAACGAUGGAGAGAAACAGCAAACGUUCAUUUAUUAUAAAAAAAUUAUUAAUUCGUAUUGUUUCCAGUGUAUUUUCACUGCAAUCUGUUACUUUAUUUUUACGUGGAUCGAAACGAAAAAGGCGACGGCUACACUGGUUUGUCUGCAGACAUUUUCGGUAUUCUUUUUUGAAAAUAAUAUCUCGUAUUAUUUCGACUUUCUUCGUAUCCUUAAACCGAAAAUAUUCAAGCGGGUAAAUAUUUAAUUAUUCAAAUCAAUCAAUUUUCGUAUUCUCAUUAUUUUUAUAAACACGAAAUUUUAAAAAGUAUAAUAAUAAAGUGAAUAGAUGUUAUCGUCCCGAUCCAUACGAUCACUCUGUGUAUAAACAAUUAGCUAGUCUGUUAGAAUAUAGGCAAACAUAUCCGAAAAUCAAAAUGCGAAAUACAAUAAAUGUUUUUAACGUAAAAAAUGUGGUUUAGUACAAAUAUCCAACUUUGUUUUUAUACAUAGUGAAAAUGAAAGUUUUCAACGUUGGCAAUAAUAUUUAGAGCGUAUUUUAUUUAAUAGAUUCAUAGUUCGGUAGAAAUAUUUGUUACCCAUAUAGAAAUCCGAUAAAUUUGAUCAAUGAAUUAUGAAAAUAUCAUAUUGCUUCAAGUUAAUACAUUAAUUUACCUAAUUUUAAUUAUAUAACGCAUAUCAUUACUAUAAAUAUUCUUUAAAAUAUGUUUUUUUUUUAAUUUGAGCUAAGAUAAAAUUGAUAUUACGAACUAACACGACGAUAAAAUUGGAGAGACAAACAUAGUCCAGUGAACAACGGUAAAAAUAUGGUAUCACCUCAGAAUUUCAUCGAGACGCAUGAAAUUUUGGACUUAACUGCUAUUAACCCUUCACCCCAAAAUCUAACCUAUGCAAAUAAGUGCAAAUUAUUAUAUGAGGUGAAAACUACCCCUUAUUAUCAAAAAAUAAAAGUUAAAGCAUUUAGAAAGUUAAAAAAAAUAUAUUUGUAGGAUUAAAAUAAAGAUAGCAUGUUGUUUUAGGAUACUAUUUGUGUUUUCAACCCUUAAUCAAUGUAUUUCAACCCGUAUUAUAUCCUUAUAAACGUAAAAAAUCUCCUUUCACAAAAUCAGAUGUUGCCAGUACCAUAUAUGCCUUAUUUAUAAUCUGUUUGUUAAAUUUUGAGCUAGGUAAGAGAUUUUAUAGGAAAAUUCAUAAUCUAUUAGGAUAAAAGGAUUUGGAAUACAUUGAAUCCUUUAUUUUUAAAAGGGAAACGUUCAAAGGACUCCAAAACGGUAUCAGGCACACGCUACUAAGAACUUUGAAAGGUUAUAUCUCGGUUAAUUCUUAACCUACCAUUUUCUUGAAACUUUUCGUUAAAUUAUAUUUCCAAAAUAACCUUUAAGUUCAAACGAAUCAAUGACUUCUUUGAGAUUUUGUCAAUUCUCUUAAUUUUAUCAAUGUGUACAAUAUUACUUUGAAUGUAUAUACCUCAAAUUGUAAAUGCAAUAAA